CAUCCGGGCAUUUCACUGAAAAUGUUGCAUUGUGGGUAAGGGACAAGAUGGCGGCACCCAUACUGAAGUGGAAGCGUGUAACAGAUACGACGGGUCCCUGUCCAAGACCACGACAUGGACAUCGAGCUGUGGCCAUUAAAGACCUUAUGGUAGUGUUCGGCGGUGGGAACGAAGGAAUUGUGGAUGAGUUGCACGUUUAUAACACAGCAACCAACCAGUGGUUUGUCCCAGCAGUCCGGGGCGACAUCCCACCAGGCUGUGCAGCCUACGGUUUUGUCUGCGAUGGCACCCGCCUCUUCAUCUUUGGCGGCAUGGUGGAGUACGGCAAAUACUCCAACGAGCUGUACGAGCUGCAGGCCAGUCGCUGGGAAUGGCGGCGGCUGAAGCCCCUGCCACCCAAGAACGCGCCGCUGCCGUGCCCGCGGCUUGGGCACACCUUCACCUUGCACGCCAGCAAGGCUUACCUCUUUGGCGGGCUGGCUAACGACAGCGACGAUCCCAAAAACAACAUACCCAGAUACCUGAAUGAUCUAUACUCCUUGGAGCUGCGUUCUGGCUACCGCAACAUGGUGUGGGAGGUACCAAUCACAUACGGUGCCGCGCCCCCUCCCCGCGAAUCACACACCUGCGUCUCCUAUGCGGACAAGAAGGGGCACGCUGGACGACUCAUCAUCUACGGUGGUAUGAGCGGCUGUAGGCUAGGCGACCUCUGGCAACUCAACUUGGAAAAUAUGACCUGGCUCAAGCCAGAUCUGAAAGGCCAGUGUCCCCUGCCACGCAGCUUGCACUCUGCUACUGUGAUUGGACACAAGAUGUAUGUAUUUGGGGGUUGGGUGCCCCUUGUGAUGGACGAUGUCAAAGUGGCCACACAUGAGAAGGAAUGGAAGUGCACUAGCACCCUGGCAUCUCUCAAUUUAGAGACUAUGACAUGGGAACCAUUGGCGAUGGAGGUAUUUGAGGAUAAUGUUCCACGAGCUAGGGCAGGCCACUGCUCAGUGGCCAUUCACUCCAGGCUGUACGUGUGGAGCGGCCGGGACGGGUACCGCAAGGCUUGGAAUAAUCAGGUGUGCUGCAAAGACCUGUGGUUCUUGGAGACCGAGAAGCCACCGGCGCCCUCUAGAGUCCAGCUGGUGCGAGCCAGCACCCACACUCUGGAGGUGUCUUGGGGAUCAGUGCCAAUUGCGGACGCCUACCUGCUGCAGUUACAGAAGUACGACAUGCCCCCGACCCCCUCCUCGCCCAUGACAGGCACCACUACCUCACCCCUACGAGCUGCUAUCACAGGGGCACAGCCACAGACACAAGGACGUCUGACUCCCAAGAGCCCUUUGCUUGUCAACACUAGUGGCAAUCCCACCACCAUCAAGCUGGCCGUCCCUGGAACCGCAACCUCCAAACUCAUCGCAGCCCAGCAAACAAGCGGAGGAUCAGCACUGAGCGGCAUCGUGGCCCUAGCGGAAGCAGCCUCGGCCACCCAGAAGAUGCAGCAACAGCAGCGCAUGGCUCUCACCGUGACCCGGGGCGGUACCGCCACCACCCCGACCAAAUCCAUCUUCUCCCCGCUGUCCGGCUCAGGCCUGACCAUCGUCUCCCGGGCCCUGACGACCACUUCGGGGGGCGUGGCUACCAUCACCUUACCCCAGGGGAUGAAGCUGGCCUCCACGGGAGCCCUGGGCCAGAGCUUGAGGGUGGCGCCGGGCACCAACAUCCUCAAGACGUUGACGGCAUCGGGCAAGCCCAUCAUCACCGUCCAGAAGUCUGGAGCGGCCACUCAGAGCGUGGUGUCUGCCGUAGUAACUGGCAGCUCCAAGACUGUGACUCUUGUCAAAAACACGCAGAUCCCCAAAGCCAGCCUGAUCCAGACCAAGCCAGCCCAGUCCAUAGCCACCUCCGGCACCGUCCUGGUCAACGCUGCCGGCCAGCCCAUCUCCAAGGCUGCCAUCCCCAGUGGAAGCACCAUCGUCAAGCUGAUCACCACCAGCCAGGCUGUGGGCAAACCCACCACCAUCAUCAGCCCCAGCACGCAGGUGGUUGGCGGUCCUGCUGGGGCCUCAGCAGGUGCUGCAGGUGUAGGGAAAACCCAGCCCACCAUCCUGGGCAUCAGCAGCAUCACCCAGCAAGGCAAGAGCAUCAUCAAGACCAUCCCCAUCGGCAGCGUCUCCAAGAUGACGGGCAAGCAGCCUACCAUCGUCACGGUGACCAGCAAAGUGCUGGCCGGCACCACGGGCACGCCAACCAAAUUCAUCACGACCGGGGGUGCCAAGCCCAAGAUCAUGCUGACGAACCAGGCUGGUCAGGUCAUCUCUGGUAUCAAAUCCAUCCCUGGGGCAAACCCUUCCUCUCCGAUCACCAUCAUCCGAGCUGUCAACCCCCAGACUGGCCAGAUCACCACCCAGAGCGGCAACACCAUCCAGAUCAUCACCAAGUCCAACCUGCGACCUGCGACCCCAGGUCAGCCCGGAGCCUCCGGGGCUGCGGCCGUGCUGAAGACCCAAGCAGCCAGCGGCACCGUCUCCGGUGCCACCAGCCCAGGCGUCACCACCAAGUACAUCACCAUUCCAGCGGGCAACCUGCUGAAUCUGGCCAGCUCGGGAACAGCCGUGUCCCAGAUUGUUGCCAACACGGCCAAGCUAGCAGCGACGGUCUCGACAGCGGCGACCGUGGCUGCCGUCCAGUCUACCCCGGCGCCCACCACGGUGGUGGCCACCACGAUGAGCAAACCGGUGCUCAGCACUCUACCUUCUGGCUCCGGAGACCCCAACAUGGCAUCCACCACUACAGCAACCGUUGUCACAGCAUCCACCUCCGCACCAUCCUCAUCUGGUGAUGCAACACCAGCAACUGCAGCAGCGACACCAGCAACUGCAGCAGCGGCAGCAGCAGCUGUGCCUGCAGCAGCAGAAGCAGCGGCAGCUCCAGCAGCAGAAGCAGCUCCAGCAGCAGCAGCUGACCCCAACCUCCAAGUGGACCUCCAGCUGCACGACCUCCCCAUCAACCCCAACUGCGAAAACCCUCCCUGCGAGAAGUUUGAGACCCCGGGCGUCAACACGCCGGCGGCAGAGUCCACUGCAACCAGUGGCAGCGGGGUCACCACGGAGACCACCCCGUCCGUCACGGGGCCCAUCUCAUCCACGGGUAGUUCUGAAGCGCCCUCUAGCAGCACCACUGGGGAUAGCAGCACUACUGGGGCAGGUGCAGGCACAGGCACAGGCACAGGUGCAGAAGUCGCCGGGGCGCAGGUUGAAGGCUCCGGGCCUGGCAAAGCAGAGGCAGAGCCCACUGAGAAAACGACCGACGAAUCGUCCAAGCCCGAUGCGGAAACUCCUAUGGAGACCGAACCCAGCUCCUCAGGGGACGCGGCGAAGCCAGCAGAGGGAGCAGAGGCAGCUGAUGCAACGGCCAAACCCCCCAAGGCCACACCCACGGAGGCUGAACCAUCAAAGGAGGCUAAAACUGUUGCCAUGGAAACAGGUGAGGCAGCAGUGACCAACGGAGCGCAGGACGACAAGAGCAAAGCGGAUACGGAUGCCAACUCCAUUGCCAUGACGAUAGCUUCUCUGGCAAAUUCAGGCGUCCAGCAGACGUCGUCCACAACCAGCAAGACCGGCUCGGUUCCCAACGGUCUGGAUACGCCAGAGGUCAAGGCGAGGGCACCAGUACCAGUCAGACCGGUCCAGAAGAAGGACAUGAACCAGUGGUACGACGUGGGGAUCAUCAAGUCCACACACAGCGUGGUGUCCUACUACUACCUACCAUCGGAAGCUGGCCAGAGGACCGAAGAUGACAUUGAUGUGGUCAGCAUACCGGAUCACAGCAUCUUGAAGAAACAGGAUCUGCAGGCAGGGACGGCCUACAAGUUCCGCGUGGCCGGCAUCAAUGCCUGUGGCAGGGGACCGUGGAGCGAGAUCUCGGCAUUCAAGACGUGCUUGCCAGGCUUCCCCGGUGCCCCGUCUGCCAUCAGGAUCAGCAAGAGCGCGGAAGGAGCCCACUUGUCCUGGGAGGCGCCCACCAACACCGCCGGCGAGAUCCUGGAGUACUCGGUCUACCUGGCGGUGCGCAGCGGCCUGUCGGCAGCCGGCGGCACGGCAUCAGCUGCCGACCAGAAGCCCCAGACCCCAGCCCAGCUGGCCUUCGUCAGGGUCUUCUGUGGGCCUAAGCCCUCGUGUGUGGUCAGCUCGACCAGCCUGACUACGGCCCACAUUGACUUCAGCAGCAAGCCAGCCAUCAUCUUCCGUAUCGCUGCCAGGAACGAGAAGGGCUAUGGCCCUGCCACCCAGGUCAGAUGGCUUCAGGAUAGUCAGGCUUCCUCCAAACUCACUGCUGCCAAACGCACUGCUGAAGGUCAGCAACCUGCGCAGUCGGCAGCCAAGAAGUCACGAGCUGACGACUCCGGCGAUAAGUCAGCCGUGUAAGACAAGAGUCUGAAGGGCCCCUCUUGCUUCUGACAAGCCACGGACAGAGGAACUCCAACCAGCCUGUCUCAGGGUUUGUUUAAAAUAAAAAAACAAAUUGGCCGUUUGAUAACAACAUCUGUUUUCCACACGCUGUAUUAUUAUUAUUAUUAUUAA